CGCUCUUCGCAUUUAUCACCGUCACCGUGCAGUCGCUUCGAUUCCGCAAUACGACGAAACUGGAUUGCCGAGAUCGGCGCGGUAGCCAUGUCAUCGCCGGUUCGGCACGGCGGAUCACGAGAAAUCGGCGUGGAGCCGGGAGAGAAGAGCCAUUAUCGGCCAGGUGCGUUUAAGGUCGAGUGACGUCGACAGCCGAGGAAAUCGGUAACCGAAGGGAUCGAUAUAAGCGGAUCGAUCCACCAAAUCACGACGGCCUCCUUGCUGGCCUGGCCAGCUACUAUGCGAAUUGAAGUUCUCAGCACCCUCGUCGCGGUGGUUUGGCUGACCGCAGUCCUGUGCCCGCGGCAGAUUGUUGCUGUCGCCAACAAUCUGACUUUAUCCUUCUUCCCUAGAAAGGGCAAGGGAAUUCAUUCUUUCAGAGAACAUCUUGCUCAGAUUACACUGGAAGGGCUGUUGAACAAGCGGAUGACAGUUCGAGAGAUGGACUAUUUUCUGCAUCAGGAAACAAGCAGCCGCACCGUCGAAUGCUGUCCCGAGAUUAUGCAUAUGGUGGAACCGAUUGGCGGUCAAAAUCAUCGGAACAUGUUCGUCGAGCUCUUCCGAGACGGCGAGAUUGCCCAGAGGUUCUUCGAGUACUCUUGUAGGGCAGACGUCCUCGACCGGCCGUGCAAGUUCAUCGACUGGAGGUUAAGCAACCGGUCCAAAUGCGUGCAGAAGUUCGCGUACGUGUAUGCUAUCGUCAACGCCACUAGCGAACAGGGCUAUGAAGGAUACAACGCCGCCAACGCCAAAACCAAGUGGACGUUGGACUACAUCAGGGUGCGAAGCGGCUGCAGUUGCGAGAUCAUGCCGAAGUCGAAGAAAAAAAAAGCUACAUCGAGCAAGUCGAGGAGGACAAAGAGCAAACUGCACCAGCCGAAAGACCAAGAGUUGGACUUCGAGACGUGAGAGCGUCGAUUCGCGUUCUUAACUGACAGUACAUUGUGCGUAUAAUUGUGUUGCGACUGACCAAUGAUAUAAAAGGGAAUACGCGAAUACGAGAUUACGUACGAGAGAUAGACGUGUGCGCGAAGAGUAUUUAAUAUAGUCGUUGGAACGCAAUUUGGAAACGUUACCAAUGAUCGUAUCAUCGAUUUUCUGAUGACAAUUACGUAAUUAAUUUAUUAGACAAUAUCGAGGGCGAGGCGUGUCGUUUUGUGAAUGAUGCGCUUGCCGUCAAUUAAUCGUUUUGUAUUCCUUGGUGUUUCAUUUACAAAUAUCUCUUAUUAGCGUGUGCGUUUUAAAUAUCUCCUCUUUUCCCUAUAUUUAUUAUAAAUUACUUACUUGGUAAGAAAAAUCUAUGCGAACUAAGAAAAUAGAUAUAAUUUCACAUCACCGCAUUAUUGGCUGAUUUUGAUUUCAUGUUCUUACAGUGAUCGUAAAACAAUGAUCGUUAAUAGACUUAAAUCUGGAUUUUUCUGGAACAAUGAAUAAAUAUAACACAGUGGCUGACUAAUGUCGCCGUUCGGGAGUGACGUUUCAGAAUGAUAUCGAGAUAGUUUUGUUUCGCCAAUAAUUAAUUUUUAACGAGAUACGCGUGCAUCUCGUCGCGCGUGUCACUUAAUUUAGCGCCUUAGCUUACUAAAUCCAAUUUACUCUUCAUUUUACAUGCGGCCAGUUUUCUAUUAUGUUUAACUUGUAUAUUAUAAAUUUGUAUGUGUACUCGAUAAGCUUACGCAAUAGUCUUAAUAGGAUAUAGUAUAUCCGGCGAUUAAUUAGAGUCUAAUCCCGUGUGUCUACACAUAGAUCUGCAGCGCACAUCGUUACGUCGAUAACGAGGAUAUGCGCGAAAUGUAGUUCUACUGAAAUUUUAUCAAUGAAGCCGAGGCGACAUGUAUUUAAUUAAUAACGACUAUUGGCGUAGGAAGCACCGAUCGGAACGAGUACAACGUGCGGACAAACAUUAGGUGCGCCAACAGCCAUGACAAUUAAUGAUAAAUCUGACUAUCAUAAGAAAUACGUGAAAGAAGAAUGCGCGGAAUACUUAUAUAUGAAAGGAAGCUGUUAAGAUUAAGUUCUUCUACAUAUUUUCAUUGCACGUUGAUGCGAUGCACACACCCACAUACACGCGCGCUCACACACCCAGGCAUACACUAUACACACUUAUACGUACGCAAGGUAAAUAAAAUAAGUCAAAAUUAACGAACAAACGAACUGUUUUUCUGCCACUAAUAUUUUGUACAACGAUAUUGAUGUCUUCUACUACUCUCCGUAAACUCUCCUAUCAGUAAACGUGUUAACGUACAUUUGCGAAGGUUUGUAACUUUUAAUUUACAUGUAUUGGCAAAAGAUAACUCUAUGUUGUAUUGCAUUAAUUCCGAGAGAUCUUUAAUACACAGGCGUGUAUUAUCAUGCGUGUACAUAUCACUGCGAGAAAUACGCGAUCCAUUGUUUUAUAUUGCAAUGUUUAUGUAUGUUCCAUAAUAAUAUUAUCCAACACAUAAAGAGAUUUAAAACAGAUUAUAGAUAAUAAUAACUGUGUUAACUUGAUUGACAUAAUUCGCCAAUUAUAUUCCCGACAUAUACUAUUUCACCGUUAUUGCUGUAUUAUUAGUUUAUACGACUCUGGGCUGAUUACAUAUUUGUUGUAUUUAUACCGUAACACCGUAAA